AUGCAACCAGGAACAGGACUCCUGUGCACUGCCCACUUUGACAACCCCUCCCACCGCACCCCGCUUUGCCACUCCCCUUCCCAGGGAUCCUCUUCGCGCCUUCUCCAGAACACCCGCGAGAAUUCGUCACAUUUUUCAGUCUUCAGGUCCCACCUUUCCUUUUCCGGUUCCAUCUCAGAGAAAAACAGCAGUCUUCUGCUGCAGACCGCAGGAGCACCGCCCCUGUGCACUGCCGCUGACUCACCCGGGACGCUCAGAGGCUACUUCACAUCUCCAGCUCCUGCUUCCAGGACUUCUUCUUCACGUCGGUGCCCCCCAGCCCGCACCUGCGCUACCAGACAUGGCGACUGCGUUUUGCACCCUGGCAUGUGCGUCAGAACUGCCAUCCCCGAGUGUGAGGCCGCCAUCAACAACCAGGUCAACUUGGAGCUGUUCGCCUCCUACGUGUACCUGUCCAAGGCCUGCUACUUCGGCCGUGGAGAUGUGGCUUUGAAGCACUUCAGCCUGUUCUUCCUUCGGCAGUCGAACAAGGAGAGGGAGCACGCGGAGUAUCUGCUCGGGCUGCAGAACCGGAAUGCCAGCAACCCCCGCCUAUGGUACAUCCCCAGGCCUGAGGAAGACAAGUGGAAGAAUGGCGUGAGUGUCCUGGAGUGUGCCUUGCAGCUGGCGAAGAGAGUGCACCAGAGCCUGCUGAGUCUGCAACAGCUGGCCAAAGAGAAGCACGGCCACGUCUGCAACUUCCUCAGGCAUCACUACGUACAUGAACAAGAGAUAUUCAUCCAAGAGUUGGGGGACCAUAUCAACAACCUGCGCAAGCUGGCGGCCCCGGAAGAGAGCCUGGCAGAGUCCCUCUUUGACAAGCUCAGUCUGGGGGACAGCAAGAACUGA